AUGGCAGUGAUUGUCUCUCCUUUGGAUGCGCCAGUGGAAACGAAAAUAGGUGAAGAUGAAGAAACAACCUACUUCUUUAAUAAGAACGAGCAUGCGAAACGUCUGCUAGAGAACCUUGCAGAGAUGCAAGUAAAUGGGCUUCUCACUGAUGUAGUCGUGCGCACUGGAUCAAAGGACUACGAAACUAACUUCCAUUGCAUGUUACUCGCAGCAUGCAGCCAGGUUGUGAAAAAAAGACUUGUUGAGAAUGAAGAAAGAAGUAUCGUACUCCAAGAAAUGAGCCAGAAAAAGCUUGAAUUCUUCAAGGGUUUCAUCUACAGAUCCAAUGUCAUACUAGACGAAGGCAUUAUAGAUGACCUUCACAAUUUUGCCGUCAAGUAUGGCAUCGACGACCUGCAAGCCAUUUGUGAGAAAUACAGACAUAUUCGAGACGGACCGAGCCACCAGCUGGAAAUUGCUUUCGAUGAUCAGGAAGAGGUACUACUGGAGCUGUUUAACAUGUUUCUGGAAAAGAAUUUCACAACAACAGUUUUGGAGGACGAAAAGGGACAAACCCAAAUUGAGGUGCAUGGGCAACUCAUUGCGGCAGCCUCUUCGAUGUUGGAGGAACGUCUUGAAGAUUCUUCAGCAAGAGAUAACGAUAAACUUCGUCUAAACAUCUCGUCAGACGCCCUUGCAGAAUUUGUUGACUACAUCUACUGUGCAAAAGUGACUUUGCGACGUCAGAAUGUCCCAGAUCUACUACAAGUUGCAUGUAAUUACGAGCUGCCAGCACUUGCAAAAGCAUGUUGUGAAUGGGUAGCUGCAAGACUCGACACUUUUGAUGUGGUCCGCACCUUGUGGUGGGCUAAAGAAUUGGAUUCUGUCUACACGGAAGAUUUGGAAAAUCCUGCAAAAAGCUACAUAGUUGCCAAUUUCAGCGAAUUAACGACAGGCCAAGAAUUCAAUUUGCUGGUUUAUGAAGAUCUAAGGGAAAUUAUACAAGAUGACAAGCUAAGCAUCGAGAGGGAAGAAGACGUGUAUGCUGUUGUAAUGAAGUGGAUAGAAUAUGACAAAGAUUCCCGUUUACCGUUCCUGUGUGAUCUGUUAACCUGUGUUCGCCUGGAGGUCACAAGCAGAGAGUUUUUGGCUGAAUUAGAGGAUAACCAGCACAUAAGACGGUGCUCCGAGUGCUUUCAAUUACUUGGUGAGGCUCGACAGAAGCUAGCUGCUGACGAGGAUGAAGGAAGGCCUGCCUUGGGUGAAACCAAAGAUGACUAUGAGAAAGAAAUUGAACAAGACUCACUCUCAGAUGACGCUUCUUUGUCUCAGUUCUCAGAUGGUGAAACCCUCAAGGAUUAUGAAAGCUUAUCUGAAGAAUAUUUGCCUCAAGAUAGCCUGCCCCAAGGCCGCGAGCCAAGAGAAAUGCGUCUGCGUAAGGAUGGUCGACCGGAUAUGCGUUUGAAAGAAAAUCGGCUAGUGUACUUAGCAAAAGGAACGAAUAAAAACGGCAGCCCAGAUAGAAGGAUUGGUGAAAACAGAGAAACAGUGCUGAUGAGUAGUCGCAGCGGCAAGGAAAUGUGGCCCGACCGAAACGAAUCGGUCAUUGAUGAUGCAUCUUCCGUUUCGUCAUCAGAGGAAAAGAUUUCACAUUUUUCCGAUGACAUGUCUUCCGUUUCAUCACCAUUUUACCGAGGACCAUUUCCUCAAGAUUUUCUGCGCGACAGCGAGGCGACAAGAAUGCAUCGACUUCGGAAAGAUGGUCAGCCAGAUAUGCGAUGCAAAGAAAACCGAAAUAUGUACCUGGAAGACGGGAUAAACAAAAAUGGAAAACCGGACAGAAGGCUCAGAGAGAACAGUAUAGAAGUUCCUGGCCCACUGAAGAAGGACGGCACCCCUGACAUGCGUUAUAAAGUGAACCAAGAUUUCUUUGGUCGUAAAGAGCGAAAACCAGAGUCGCCUCACACACCCAGUAAUUUUCAGAGAGCUACUGGACAAUUGAGGAAGAACGGCGCUCCAGACAAAGGGAACAGAGGAGCCUUGGAAAGUUCUUGUGCGAGAGCAAUCUCCUUCCAGCUGCCUUCCACCCCUAACUGUUUUGCUGGGCCUGUAAAGAAAGAUGGCACUCCAGACAUGCGCUACAAUGUCAACAAACAACUAUACAGCGCAUGCUCCGCCACCAGAAGUAUCCAAAAGAGUUCUCCAUGUGGACCUCUGAAGAAGAAUGGUACACCAGACAUGAGGUAUGCUGCAAACAAGCAAGCGCACAGUCGUUCGCCGUUGUCGUCCGGGGCCUGCGGUCCCCUUAAGAAAGAUGGCACCCCUGAUAUGAGGUUCAAGGCCAAUCGACGUUGA